GUUCCGUCUCCCUCGAGUAUUGUUUUGUUUCGGUAACAAGGAGCAAUAAAUGGAAAAUAAGUUCGGCGUUGUUAGUUUGUUGAGGACUUCACAAUGGUGAAAUUGAAGAUGGAGACGCCUUCCACACCAGCGCUGCUAAAUAUAUUGGUUCCUCCCUCCUUGUAAAUAGCUUGCCUCCCUCCACCACUCCCUUGCUUCCAUCUUGUGAAGAAUCCCUCAGUCUUUGCCUGACAUCUCUUUCAAUGGCUGCUUCACAAGCCGCAGUUUUUUCCAUUUCUGCUCUCCCUUCUUCCUGCAAGUAUUCUUCUUCUAUUUCAGCAUCUCCUACUUCGCUGCUAUUCCUGUCCCACUCUAAUCGGAAACCUUUAAGGGGCAAGAGGCUUUGCCGCAUCUCUGAGUGCAGAGCAAUGGUUCAGGAGGCAGUUCAGGGAGCUCCGGCGGCUUAUGCCAAGGAAAUGGAGAGGCUUUCCGCCAAAGAAUCGCUUCUUCUUGCUUUUAAAGAUGCAGGGGGUUUUGAGGCCUUGGUCACUGGAAAGACAUCAGAUAUGCAAAGAAUUGAUGUGACGGAAAGGAUAACUAGUCUUGAACGGCUCAAUCCAACGCCUCGCCCCACAACGUCACCCUUUUUGGAAGGACGAUGGAACUGUGAGUGGUUUGGUUCAGGAAGUCCAGGGUUGUUUGCUGCUAGGUUUAUAUUUGAGAAUUUCCCUUCAAGUUUAGCUACCUUGUCAAAAAUGGACGUCUAUGUUAAGGAUGGAAAUGCAAAUAUUACUGCAAGCAUGAGAUUGUUGAACUCGGUACUAUUCUUUAGCUUUCAGGGCUGCCAAAAAAUUUUACCUUUGGAAUUAUUCAGGAUGCAGAACAUGAACUCCGAAUUGUUCUUAACAUGCCAGGCUGUCAUAUUACACAGCCAGAUAGAAAGCAAAAUUAUUCUAUCAACCAAGUUAUCUGUAGAAGGUCCGCUUCGACUGAAAGAGGAGUUUGUUGAAGGGAUACUUGAGUCACCUAAAGUUAUUGAGGAGUCAGUACCAGAACAGCUUAAAGGCGCACUUGGGCAGGCAGCUAAUGCUGUACAGCAACUUCCUGUCCCUAUCCGAGAUGCUGUUACCAGUGGGCUGAAAGUUCCCCUGACUUAUGUAGGUGGAAGUUUCCAGAGACUUUUCAUGAUUUCUUAUCUUGAUGACGAGAUACUUAUAAUAAGGGACACCGCAGGAAUGCCUGAAGUUCUAACAAGGCUGGAUGCAUCUCCAUCUUCCUUGGCGGAGGCAAGCCCUGAUUACGAGAGCUAAGAUUUCUUCACUCGUAAGGAGCCUAAGUAUAUGCAUACAUAUAUAUUCCCUAACUUAUAGUUAUGAAUCAGAAUCCAUCUGUUUACCUUAUACAAGUCAUUUCUUGGACUCGUAAAACUAGUUGUUCUUCGUUAUAUGGAUCAUACGAGUUCUAAAGAAAUUGUUGGAAGCAUUCUAGACUCGGGAACUUUAGCGGA